AUGUCAGAUCAGGCAGAACUCGCGUUCAUCAAGACGUUUGCGUCGAACCUGUCGACGAUCCCCGUCAACUACCCGGACGAUUACCAACAACCGCCGUCGAACUGGCUGAAGAAGGUCCCGACCGUGCCUGUUGAGGUCCCGGCGCCGCCUGAGCGCAAGACCCAGUCUACAGCCUCGACUUCUUCGACGAUUAGUGUGACCAUAAAAUCCGUGAAGCCGCCAGCGACCUUCACGUUAACCGUCUCGCCCGCCGACGCCAUCUCGUCUGUCAAAUCCCAGCUCGCGCAACAACCGCGCGGACCACCCGCCGACGCCCAAAGACUGUUGCUCAAAGGCAAAGCUCUCGCGGACGGAAAGCUCCUCCAGGAAUACUCUGUUAAGGACGGCGACACGAUCACACUCAUGGUCAAGCCCGGCGCCGAUUGGGACCCAUCGAAGGAGACCGCCACACCUGCCCCGCCGCCACUCAUCACCAAGACCGAUAUGUCGACGGACGCGAAACCGAGCGCGCCAGGAAAACGGGGCCACCAGCGCAUCCCGUCCGUCGUGCUGACGCCCUCGCCGUCUGGCUCACCCGGCGAGGAGAAAUCGGUGGACAUUGCCCUCACGUUCGAUACAUCCCAGAUCCCGACCGCGUCUGAGACCGGGGGACCGCCCCAUUCGCAGUAUCAUGCAAAGAUAUCCGAUCCUGCGUUUUGGGAGCGGCUGUAUGCGUUCCUGAGAGCGGAGUUUCCGAAAGAAGAGGAUGUCUCGGAGGCGUUCGAGAACUUUUUGUCGUCCAACAAAGGAUAUCUCAGUCCUCAUGAGAUUGCCAAGAUCCGUGACCAAGUUGGCAUUACGGGCAUGGCAGGUCAAUGA